AUGCACUUGGCCAAGUUCUUCUCUCACACAUGGAAGUCCUACAAGGAGCUCACUUGUGAGUUUUUGGCUUCAAUGAGGUACCACAUGUACGAUGAGGAGGAUAGAGCUGAUUUGGACCAAGGAUUGGGAUGGAUCACGUUCUUGGCUAAGGGAGAGAAGAGAAUGGUGACCUUUAGGCAGCUUGGAGAUCUUGUUUGGGUUCAACUAUGGAGAAGGGAUAGUGGAACUUCAAGGAAAAGGAACUCCAAAGGGUUUGGGCUACAAUCGCUGAUGGAGUGUACUCUUCCUCAAGGUCCAAGGCAGCUCAGAUCAGGAGCCCAGUGCUUGAUAUGUGCACAAGGCACUUGCCAACACCUUCUUUGCAAGGAAAGCACGGGACAAUCAAUGAGGGGAACUCAAGCUCCUUGA